AUGUAUCACCAUAGAAAUUACCGGCGCGGCGAAGACUACGACCACGACCACGACAACAGACGCGAAAAGUAUGCUCGUCCUCCCGCCAGACAAGACAACGAGGGCAGAGCCUGGUAUCCCGUAAUUCCUGCUCUCGGCGUCGACAUUUCUCCCGCGCAUAAAUAUACCAUACAUGUAUAUCUUAUUUUCCAUCGAUUCGAUAACAUGGAGUCUGGAAACUUCGUCGCGACGAUGUCAUUUCGCACAAUGUUUAAUGAUUUUGGGGGUAUGAAGACGGUGGAUUUUUCGCCUGCGACCGAGGAUGCGGAUCCGCUUUUCGAUGUGAACGGGGGCAAUCUGAGCGGUGUGAUGGUGGCGCAGAGGACGUUUAUGUGCAAGAUUGGGUGGUUGAAGAGGAUUGAGGGGAAAGAAGAAGUGUAUUUGCGGAUUAGGAAAUGUUUGCCGUAUGCAACAAGGCCGGAGAGCAUGACAAAUGAAGAGUGGGAGGAGAUGGGAGUGAAGAGGCCAGAAUCCAGGACGAAGUGGGUUUUAAAGGCUAUCAGGGCGCUGAAGAAAGAGAGGCUUUGGGAGGGUUUACCUAAAAACAUGUUUCAGACGAGGCAUAAGGAAGUGAUAAAGGUAGCCUGGAAGAAAAGGAAGUUGAUUGGAUUAAGACCCAAGCCCUCGUUCGACAUGGAACAGGCAAGGUGCUUGGAUCGAAUUAUGAAUGAUGUCGGGAUGGUUUUGUAUUCUGAACAGGAUGAAGAGCCAAAGAAAAUCCAAGACAAAUAUAGAAGAAGGGGGGAUAGAAGGAAGUAG